AGCAUCGAAUUCAGUUACUAUCCUCAACAAGGAGCGCACACUUACUCAAUCAACAGCAAAGUACUCUAGAUAUAGCUCGAUAGGAUGACGGUAGUGGAGGAGCUUAACGUUCUCGAAGCGGCCUCUUGGCCCGAUUCAUUGCCGCAUCCGGAUGCGGACUUUGUGUUCUCCGUGGUGUGUGAAACCUCCCACUGCCGAUGGUGUGUCCUUGCGAAGGAUCCGGACGAUGGAACGCUUUCGCCAACUAUAUUCUGGAAAACGUCCCCCGUUUCCGCAAACGACAUGUCCGAUGAUUCAUCUCGAAUCCUGCUAAAGUACCUUCCAGACAAGGUCAAGGAAUACAUAUACGGCGUAGACUCUCACACAUAUACUCGGGAACGCGCUCGGGAGUACUCGAACGCCCGGCGUAUUCCCAUUCUUCACCUGUACCUUAUCUCCACCAACAGCGCGCACGAGAAAGGGAUUGCCUUUUUGUUUCGGGAUAUUCCUUCCCGCAUUAUCCGUUUGAACAAUGUGGAUUUUUUUACGCCUCAACAAGGAUGCUUCAAGACGAUGGGGGUAGAACGAGCAGCAGCAGCCCGAGCCGCGGCAGGUCUGUACGGAUACCCCUGUUUGGUUCUUGACGGCGGCACCAUGCUCACGUACACGGCGGUCGACGUGCAUGGCCAAUUACAAGGUGGAGGAAUUUGCCAAGGACUAGGUCUUCGUCUCAAGUCCUUGGCACGCUACACGGGGAAGCUCCCGGCAAUUAAAGUCGAAACGGCUUUGGCCAUUAUCGAGAGUAGGCGAAACUCGAACCAACCCUUUGGUUUGUUUGCCACCCGCACCGAAGACGCUAUCCUCGGAACGAUCGUAAGAGAACUGGCGUUCCUGUUGCGAAAUGUCGUGGAUGAAUGGGUCGCGCAAGCCAAGGAAAUGCUAGAAACCGUUCCCAGGGAGACCACAAACGGUAACGCGCAAAAAUACAAUGGGGAACUCGUUGUGUGUAUCACGGGUGGUGAUUGCGAUCUUAUAGGGAAACUGCUGCAACCAAAUUUUGGCAAUAUUAUAGCCACGGGCACAUCCACAAGAAGCGAUGCAUUCAUGUCGAAUGAAUUGGCUGCACAUACCAAGCUCAGUGUAAACAAACAAUUGCUACACCAAGCACUCCCGGCGCUCGUCGUCGAAAAGGCACAUAAUGGUACCAGCGAGUUUGAUGACAUUCGAACAGCACUGAUUGGACAGCGCGUUGCCGCGAAACUCGACAAAGACGGAAACAUUUAUCGAGGCACGAUCGCUUCAUGUCAGCUGGAUGUUGAUUUUGCCAAAGAUGCGUACAGAAUCCGUUAUGAUGACGAUCGUGGAGACAUGGACUUGGCACAACUGCACGCCGCCCUGUUACUCUACGUAAAAAUUGGAGAAGAAAAGGACUCGGAGGAUGACACUAUUCGUGAAUCUCAGGAAGAGAAACGGCGCGGGGCCAAAAAGGCUGCUGAACGGUUGUGCGAAGAGUUGUCCAUACUACGCCCGGUGCCUACUACCCCAGUUAAAGAUCUCACCACUUCCGCCGAAGAUAUUUUUAAUGCAGCAGUGGCCGUUGGAAGCACUGGGCGGGAGGAGAUGUCUCAGACGGUAAAAUCAAGUCAUAUGAACAUUCCAGACCCUCUUGAUGUUAGUGUUGAUGAGGAAGCGGUAGGGGUGGAAGCCGCCGGGGAAAAGCGAGAAAGGAAUCUACGAAUGCCUUCGCCGCCAAAUUCGAGAGUGCAAAAGAAACGCAAAGUGGGUGAAGACCUCAUUGGCUCUCGAGUUGCCAAAUUCUUUGACAAGGAGUUGUACUUCGGAACAGUGGCCAAAUUUCUACCCGCAGAAAUGGUCGAGGAAAAAGUUGACGUUUGGGUGAUUGAGUAUGAUGACGGCGAUGUGGAAGACUUUGAUGCUUCAGAAUUGAAAAAGCACUCGGCGUUGUAUAAGAGACGUCAGGGAGAAGAUUUAAAACCAACGCUGUAAAAUCAUCAAGUGAAUUUAAAGUUCCGCAGACGGAGGGUGACCGACAUACGCAAAGCGCUUUUGAGUUUGGCCUGGAUGUUAUUAUAUAAAAUUGAAGCAAACUAAUAGGGGGUUUUCGGU